AUGGCUCAGGUAGCUAAUAUUGUUGAAUUGGUAAAUGCUCUUAAAAGUAGCUCACAAGGAACUUUAGAAAAAAAUUUUGAAGCGAUGGAUAUCGCCAGGCAAGUUCUGAUGUCAAUAUUAAAAGCGGCAAAUAAGCAAGAAACACUGGCCUGGGUUCCAAUUGCGGUGUCUUUAAGAGAAAGUGGAUAUAUGGACGCUUUUAAUUUAAUAUCGAAUGCAUUGCAAGCAUCAAUUAAAAAAUUUCUUUAUGCUGAAGCAUCCGGUCUUGAAAUCACGGCUCUCUCAAACGCACUUAAAGAUAUUUGCCAGCUAAACUCAAUUGAUCCCCUUAGCUCCUUAACAAAUAUAAUUGGAUCGCUGCUGACUAAUCGAAUUCGCCAAGAGCAAGACAGAUCAAAAGCAGGAGAAGCAGUCAGCUCUUUAUGUUCGCUUCAAUUCGAAAAAUCCAUUGCUGAAAAAGUUGAAGAGCUCAAAGUUGAAUACUCUGACUGUCUAAUGUUUCCUUGUGAAGAAUCAAAAACUCAACUUGCAUCACAAUUCAUAAGCAGCAUGAGCCAACUUUCUGACGCCGGAGGAAUUAAAUCUAGAAACCCAAAGAAUGAUUAUUGUGUAACGAUUUCCCAUAAAUACUUUGAAAAAGGAAAUGAGAGAGUUCAGGUUAUUGUUAAAAGUUACACAGCAGAUGAUCAAAGAACUCUUGAGAAAUUUACCAAGGAGGCUAAUAUCUAUGCAAGGCUAAGUGGAAAUAUGAGCUGCUUCCUCAAAUUUUAUGGAGCAUUCUUUGAUAUGGAGGGUCAAAUGCACAGAUAUAAUAUUGUAGUUGAACACUGCACAACAGAUUUGAGAAAGGAUAUUGCCAACCGAGCGUUAAAAGGGCUUCGCUACUCUCCUGAAGAAAUGACUAGUUAUACUAAAACUUUGAUUGAAGGCUUUACCUAUAUGUCAAGGCUUAGUAUAUUUCAUAGAGACAUUAAGCCUGAAAAUAUUCUUUUAUCAGGAAGGACCCCAAAAAUCAUUGACUUCGAUGCAUCAUAUACAUUAGAUGAAAAAUAUAGAGACUUGACUAGUGCCCGAGCUGACACUUUAAUAGGAACCAAAAAUUAUUUCUCGCCUGAAUUGCAGGCUGAAUUAGAUUCAAGAAGAGAAGGGCGGAGAAAUGAAGAAUUCUUAUAUGAUCCUUUAAAAUCUGAUGUUUUUUCUUUAGGAUUAACAUUACUUGAAAUGGCUUCUUUGCAGUACAUUGGAGGUCUCAGCGGUCAAAGAUAUGGAGAAAUCCUGGAAAUCAUAAGAAGUUUGAAAUACGAUGAUUGGUUUAAAGACAUUCUUGCCUCAAUGCUUCAGCAAAACCCUGCAAGCAGACCGAAGUUCUCUGGGCUGAUUCCAAUGAUUCCUGCAAAUUCAACAACUAUAUUUGUUUAA